GUUAAAAGAGUCCCCUGUCACAGGCUGGCGAAAACACGUGCGACGUUUAUCAUUGCCCUAUAACAUUUAUUGUCAAGGUGAGCACUUCGAGUGCGCUCUUUGGUAAGCACAUUCGUUUCUGUGUCCUCUUUGGCAACUACAUUAAAAGGAAAUCUUGUUUUUUAAGACUAUUCCUUGCAUGUCUGUAUAUAUACAGGCAUGUGCACCGUGGAAAGUCUUCACAAGUUUUCCGACAUUUUACAGUAUUUAAUAAUGCCACUUAGUGAUUACAAAUUUACACAAAUAGGCACAAAUAAUUGCUGCUUACAAAUAGCAAAAUCUAAUCUAUGAAAUCUAGACGGGUAGUCAGUAAAUGGAAACAUUUAAUACAAAUAAAGAACUGAUAUAAAGGGCUACAUACUGUGUGGCCCCAGGUCACCAACAAAGAUGACCCCAAGACCCAUAUACUCUCUUAAUACUAUUAUGCCAUGACAGCUGUCAAAAACUUGUCUGCUUUGCCUUGUCUGCUUUGCCUUGUCUGAUAGAGCACAUUUUCCCCUUGACAAGUAAAAUUGUCUGGCAUUGGACAAAAAUAAUAAAGUAAGGCGCAAUGCGACUCAAUGGGUUAACUAGACACAUGGGCAGAUAGGCCAGUUAACCCAUUAAGCACCAGCACUCUCGCCUUGACCAGUAAAAUCGUCUUGUAUUAGACCGGUAAAUUUAUUAAUAAAGUAGGAUGCAACUCGACUCUGGUGGGUUAAGUUCAUAUGUUUGGUUCUAAUGCAAAUAAUUCAAUAAUUGGCCCAUUAGAAGUUAAAAUACUUACAAGAAAAUUAAAACGAAAUUUCCUUUUUCUUCAAAAAUGGCAUAUCAAUAUUGCUCACAUGAAGUAUUGUACUAAGAACUGCUGUUUUGUAGUAGUUUGGGCUCAGAAAAUCCAACAUGGCUUCCAAAAAGAAGCAAAAUUUUGAGAAAAAACGCAAGAAAAAGCACGUUUCAUCAACUUCGACUGAAAAUAUCAACGAAUUUACUCUACAGAAUGUUGUAGGGUUAGGAGGAGAUGAGGUAGGCUUGCGUAAUUGUCCAUUUGUAAUAGUACAUUGUGGAAAAUAAGUAUAAAACAAUGCUGACAUGCUUGAGAUAUGAUUAUGAAUUUUAGAAUUUUUUAAAUACGAUGAAGUUUUGUUUCAGGCUGAUUAUGAACUUCUUAAAAAUGUUGAUGAUGAAGAUGAUGUUGUAACUGAUGGAAUUGUUGCUAAUGAACAGAAUGAAGUCAAGAAAUCAGAGGUCAGGCCCGUGUGUUAAAACUUUGACACCAUAUUUUGUGGGCCAUGUGGCAAAUAUAAUUGUUUGACGGGCGUUCAUUGUGGGUGACAGGUUGGGAUGAAUGUUAGGGUGUUAUUAGGAGAUUAUGAAACUGGGUGCUAAGUUUAUUAACAUCACUUGCAACAACCGCCUGUAAAAUAUACUAAUAAGGGCCAUAUAAAAAAAAAGAGUUGGUUAGCGUCCUUAGCUUUUGCCAAAAAGUGGGCGGGCGGGCGCUUUUUUUUAAAAUUUUUACUAAUUUUUAACGCCUUGGUUUUACUCACUGUUAGGUCCGAAACUGGAUUUUCUUUUGCAGUACAGAUAUUUUUUUAUAUAUUUCAAAAUAUAAUUCAUACCAUCAUUUUCGCACGCAAUUUCGCAAAUUAUUAACACAAUUGACUACAGUCAACAGAAAUACUACAUAUAUUAGAGCCUGUUGAUCAAUAAAAGUAAAAAAAAAUCCUGAGUGGGGCCUUUUUUGUGGGCGGGCGGGGACGCUAACCAACUAUUUUUUUUUAUGUGGCCUAAUGCCUGUAAAGUAUAGCAAUUUCCUGAAAUAUUAUACUAAUUUUGUUGCAGCUCAACAUACACUUAAUGUCUGCUCCUGAGGGAAAUAGUUUGUUUUGUUUUCUUGAGAAACUUGGAAAAUCGUAGUUUCUAAUUAUGCUAGUUGUGCUGCCAUUUUGUUUAUUUAUGUACGUAGCCAGUCUGGGAGGGCAACAAUUUUUCACGGCGGGAUACAUUGCAUUUAUUUGAAGUCACAUGACCACAAAUCAGCCAAUUACAUUUGGUGUUCACUCUAGCUGUAUAACAAAUUGCAUUAAAAUGUAAGGGACCGUCGACAAAUAGAUUUCGUCCACCAAUCGUGGACUUGUUCCGCGACAACCCGUGUAUACAAUAUAAUCAGGACAAAAACUUACUUUUCUAGCUAAAAAGUCGUUGGAUUGGUCCGCGAUGUGAGAGGGGGUUGAAGCAAUCGCGGAACAAGUCCGUGAUCGGUGGACAAAAUCUAUUUGUUGACGACCCCUUAAGGCCCUGUCACACUAUUGCGUAUCGUACUAGCGUAUGCCAGCGUAUGAAAAAUAUCACUCAUAUGCCGGUAUACGCUGACAUACGCUAGGGGUACGUUAGGCAUAGGUAUAUACGUUUCAAGCACGAGGUACGCCAGAUGUACGGUACUCAUACGCUGGCAUUUCAAAGGAUUUUUGUGCGUAUGAAAAUUAUUUCAUUAAUUUUCAUACGCUUCUCAUACAUUUCUCUCAUACACAAUAGUGUGACAGGGUCUUAACAUGUAUGAGGUGAACAUGCAAUGUAUGUUAUUUUUAAUGUGCAUUAUUUUCUCAAAUUUUUCAUGAUUGGAAAUACCGAUAAUUCUACUGUCUGAUUCUGAUUGUCUACCGAUAAGACUAAAAUUGUCCCGAUACUGGCCGAUUAUCAGACAGUCACAACUGAGAAUGAUUUCUGUGCAUGCACAGACCGAUCUGUGCAUCAUAUGUCUAGCGGUCCCUCCUCUUCCAGUCCCUGCGGGUUUAGAUUCCCGGGCAUGUGAAGGGAAAGGAGGGACUGCUGCCGGACAUCAAGAAAUGAAAUAUGUUUUAUCCAAUUAAAUCUAUCCACUAAUUUGAGUCUGUCAUGUUUAUUUAUAAAAUCAACAUUCAAGCCUGGAAAUUAGUUAACUACAUAUCCGAUUUGAUUGACAGGCGCAUCGAUUCCGACCAAUGGGAAUUUUGCGUUGUGUGGGCAUAUUCGUUCUUGAUGUGUUGCAGUUCCUCCUUUCUUUUGAGGGACUGCCUGCAGUCUACAUAUUUGGUUGCAUUUGAAUUUCAAUGCAGUCACUUGAAAUCUGAUUCCGAAGUUGAGCUAAUGACAUCCUGACUAGCUUUAUAUUUGAGUUUUUGUUGAAUUGAUAAUUAUUUACUAGGUACAAAAUCUCAUCAAAGAACUUGGCCUGCAAUCCCUCAAAAAGUAAGUUAUAAUAUUAAUACUGUGAACCUCUGAAUAUAAGCCCCACAUGUACUAACAUCACCUCAUUCCAAAUAUAAGCGUGCCCUCCCCCCCAAGAGGGAACGGCUGAGACCGAGCCUACCCCACCCCCCUUCCCCCCCGAAUAUAAGUCUCCCAAAUAUAAGCCCAGUAGCCCACUACGUUAUUCAACAUUGACAUUGUAAUAAACAAAACUAGUAAGCAUUUAUUACUGGCGAAUAGAAGACCAAAGAGCAUGUUGAAAAACGAGGCCCCAGCUAUUAAUUAUUUCACACAUUUGAGAAUUGAGGUGCUUCAUACACCGGUAUUUAAACAGCUUUUGAGUUUGUUCAAUGACUUCCCAAACACACCAAUGUAUUUAAAGAGAAAUUUUCAAGGCGAUAGAUGCAUUCAUUAUCAAGACAACAUAUACGGCUGUGUUUGCACAUGAAUUAUUGAUGAGUUUGAGAAGAUAUAUUUGACCAUAUGGCAUAAGAUGCUUUUGAUGUUACUCUGAGUGUAUAUCCACACCGGGCAGGCUUGAAAAAUAUGCCUGGCCAUGGUGGGAAUCGAACAUACGACGAUGGGCUAGUAUUCCAAAGGUUGUAGGUUCGAUUCCCACCGUGACCAGGCAUAUUUUUCAAGCCUGCCCAGUGUGGAUAUACACUCAGAGUCCAUCACAAGCAUCUUAUUCACCUGCAUAGUGAUUACUGUAGCCUACGGUGUAGACACCAGCAGUUUGCUGGGGUCUACACCGUAGGCUAUGAUUACUGUACACCAACACAGCAAUUAUCAUGAUUAUUAGAUUACACUGAUCUCGAAGGAACUAGACUCAGUUUCGAAAUAUCACAUACUCAAACUGACCUGACCGCGUAGCUCAGUUGGCAGAGCAUUGGGCUAGUAUUCCAAAGGUCGUAGGUUCGAUUCCCAACGUGGCCAGGUAUAUUUUUUUAAGCCUGCCCGGUGUGGAUAUACACUCAGAGUAACAUCACAAGCAUCUUAUUCACCUGAGUACAUUACACCAACGCAGCAAAUAUCACAUGUCAUAAGUUAUUAAUUAGACAGUACUAAGUUUGAAAUAUGCAAGAGACUAUAGUACAUGAGGGAUUUUAAUUUGUAUUUUAUUUUAGCCAAUCCAAUUUAAAGGUCAAGCAGGUUAAUAAUCAUGACGAUACAGUGAAUUCUAAGAAGACUAAAACAAAGACAAAGGAAUCAACUAAGUCCAAAAGAAAAGCAAACAACAAAGCUACGCCUACAGAGCGCGCACAGUCACCUGGGAAUGCUUCAGAGAGAGUCGGCGAUGUGGAAAUUAAGGACAGAUUGUUAAUCCAUCCUGUUGGAAGAUGGUUUGAAGAAGUAAAUAAAACUGUUUAUUGUUGAUUUCAGGUCACUUUUCAAAACUCGCUUCACAAGAUUGUUGUGAAUAUUCCCAAUUAAGUUUCUAAAUUCGGAAUAUUGGACAUGAACUUUUUUUAUAACUUUACAGUCAUAUUAUAUACAUAAAAAUACACACAUGAUUGGACAUGAUUGAAGGAUUGGACUACAGAACUAGAAUCCCAUGCUAAGUCCAUCGAUUUAACACUAAAACACGAUAUAUACAUAAUUACAUAUUCCAGACUACAAACUGGACAACGUAAUACUGAUUUUACAGGCCUUAAUUUACACUAUAAUAUAUAAAACAUGCAUUAAUAAAUACUACACUACUGUGAAAUUAUUGUGAAACUUGCAAACUCAACUUUGCUAGUUGCUCACUGAAGUACAGUUAAUGUACUGAACUAUACAGUAGUUCCCAAGACCAAGUACUGAACAUAAACUCAUAGUUUACAGAGUGUUUUAAUAAAACUAGCCGACAAAUUAAAUAAUUAUAUUUUUUGUAAGCAAUUUGUCAAAUUCGUUGUCUAUAUUUAGUAAAACACUGUAAAUUACGAGUUUAUGUUUAAUCCUUUGGUACUUCAGUUCAAUACUUCAGUACUUUAGUUAUUAAGCAACGUGCGAUGUUGGCUUUGCCUUUGUGAGUUCAACCCCCAACAUUCUACUCGUAGUUUCUGGUUACUGAAUGAAUACCUUUCAGAUAUCUGUACUUUAUGUACUUCAUUUUAAGGACUAAGCACCCUGUCUUAAGUUUCUACCAGCUGAGUCCAGUACAGUAUAUGGCAAUGACCAUUGAAGUACCAGUUGAGCCAAAGGCCUUCAUGUUAAAUUAUCCUUUUUUGAAAGCAGCUUGCAAUGUCACAUAUUCUGUCAUUUUGAUCAUGAAGCCACUUUGACAGAUGAGUAUACUGUAUAAAACCAUCCUUUGAGGCACGCUUGUUGAUAUUACUGUACCUUGAAAAUCAAACAUUGACUUUAACCAUUUUACUGAAUUAACUUUCUUUGUUUUACAGUCAUUGUUAAAUUCUUCUGAAAUGAAAAAAGAACAAAAUCUUGACAGCAGUUUUGUUGACAAAAUAAAGAAAAUGGCGGAAACACUUUUGG